AUGAAGUCAGUCGUUCCAUUGUUAUUUGCCCCAGUCAUUGUCGCUCUCGCAACAAAGAGAGCUCCUAUUUCUCCGGACACUCUCUCUUCCCAGAUCAGUCUCGAUUACCUCCUCGAAGGCACGCAGAAACUCCAAGAAUUCGCAUAUUCCUACCCCCAGCGCAACCGCGUCUUCGGCGGUGCUGCCCACAAUGACACGCUCAACUACAUCUACAACGAGCUCCUCCAAACAGGCGCGUACGACCUACACAGACAGCCCCAAGUGCACACUUGGACGACGGGGAAUCAAUCGCUGACAGUCAACGGCGACACGAUCGACGCCCUGAGCAUGGUACACAGCCCCAGCACCAACGUCACGGCCGAACUCGCCAUCACGCCACGACUCGGCUGCAGCCCGUCGGACUACGACUCCUCCGCGGUAGGCAAGGUCCUCCUCACGCGACGAGGGGGGUGCUCCUUCGCGAGCAAGUCGAUACUGGCUGCGUCCGCCAACGCCGCGGGACUAAUCAUCUACAACAACGUGGCCGGCCGCUUGCGCGGCACACUGGGCAAUCCCAACGACCCCAGCAGCCCGUUCGCGCCGACGAUCGGCAUCAGCCUCCUGGACGGCCAGCGCCUCCUCCGCUCCAUCACGCCGAACGCGACCUCGUCCAACACGACGACCGCAACGCCGUCCCUCCGGCUCACCCUCUAUAUCCACACCGAAUCCGCCCCGCGCCUCACCUACAACGUGAUCGCGCAGACCAAAGACGGCGACCCGACCAACAUCAUCGCCGUCGGCAGCCACACCGACUCGGUAGACGCCGGGCCGGGGAUCAACGACAACGGCUCGGGCACAAUCAGCAGCCUGGCCCUAGCGCGCGCCCUCGCCCUCACCACCAGCAACACUUCAUUCCCCCUCCGCCACGCAGUACGCUUCCUCUUCUUCACCGCCGAAGAAUUCGGCCUCCGCGGGAGCACCUACUACCUCCACAGCCUCUCCGCCACCGACCGCGCACACAUCCGCCUCUACCUCAACUUCGACAUGAUCGCCUCGCCCAACUACGCGUACAUGAUCUACGACGGCGACGGGUCGAGCUUCAAUGUCUCCGCGCCGACGGGGUCGGGGCAUAUCGAAAAGACGUUCCAGGGGUAUUUUGAGAGCCAGAACGUCUCGUACCAGGCUGCCGAGUUCAUCAGGCGGUCCGACUACAGGGCGUUCAUGCGGCAUGGUAUACCGGUUGGGGGACUGUUUACGGGGUCCGAUAAGGUCAAGACGCAGCAUGAGGCGGAGGUGUUUGGUGGUAGGAUGGGUGUGCCGUAUGAUCCGCAUUAUCAUGGGCCUGGGGAUACCGUUGGGAAUUUGAGUCCCGAGGCUUUCUUGAUGAAUGCGCGCGCUGCCGCGUUUGCGGUUGCUUCGUAUGCGCGGGAUUUGGACGGGAUUCCGGUAAGGAAUGUGUCGAGGGUGGUUAGGGAGGGAUUCGGGGAUAAGAGGGGAGGGGGCCAGGGGGUUGUUGUUGCGUUGUGA